AUGCUGCUUUGGAUUCUCUUGCUGGAGACGUCUCUUUGUUUGGCUGCCGGGAAUGUUACGGGGGACGUUUGCAAAGAGAAGAUCUGCUCGUGCCCAGAGAUCGAAGGCGACUUGCACGUCGACUGCGAGAAGAAGGGUUUCACCAGCCUGCAACGUUUCUCAGCCCCCACUUCCCAGUUCUACCAUUUGUUCCUGCACGGCAAUUCCCUCACGCGCCUUUUCCCCAAUGAGUUCGCUAACUUUUACAAUGCAGUUAGCUUGCACAUGGAAAACAACGGUUUGCACGAAAUUGUGCCGGGGGCUUUCCUGGGGCUGCAGCUGGUGAAGAGGCUGCACAUCAACAACAACAAGCUCAAAUCUUUUCGCAAGCAGACUUUCUUGGGGCUGGAUGAUCUGGAAUAUCUCCAGGCUGAUUUUAAUUUAUUGAGGGAUAUUGACCCGGGGGCCUUCCGGGACUUAAACAAGCUGGAGGUGCUGAUUUUAAAUGACAAUCUGAUCAGCAUCUUACCAGCCAAUGUGUUCCAGUAUGUGCCAAUUACCCACUUGGACCUACGAGGCAACCGCCUGAAAACCUUGCCUUACGAGGAUGUUUUGGAACAGAUCCCAGGCAUUGCUGAGAUCCUGCUGGAGGACAACCCUUGGGACUGUACCUGUGAUCUACUCUCCUUGAAAGAAUGGCUGGAGAACAUCCCCAAGAAUGCUUUGAUCGGUCGGGUGAUUUGUGAAGCUCCCACACGAUUGCAAGGGAAGGAUUUAAAUGAGACAACUGAACAGGAGUUGUGCAGAAAAACCCGAGUGGACUCCAGCCUGGCUGCUCCCCCUGCAGAAGAGGAGACUUGUGAUCCUGGCCCUAUUCCCACUCCCUUUAAGAUCCAUGGCAAGGAAGAUUCUGCCACACCAGGUUCUGCACCUCAUGGGGGUACCAAGAUCCCAGUCAACUGGCAAAUCAAGUCCAGACCUACGAUGGCCAGCUCAAUCAACACCAUGAAAGGCAAGUCUUCCAGUAAUACACCUUGCCCUGCCACCUGCACUUGCCAUCAGAUUCCUGGAGGAUUCAAGGUGAACUGCAAUGAUGGCAACAUCAGCAGCUUGGUGGAUCUGAAGCCUAAGCCAUCCAAUGUCCAUGAACUCUUUCUGAGGGGCAACAAGAUUCACACCAUUCGCAAGUCACAUUUUGUGGAUUAUCAGAAACUCAACCUACUGGACUUGGGCAACAACAACAUUGCCACUAUGGAGAACAACACUUUCAAGAAUCUACUGGAGCUGGUGUGGCUCUACAUGGACAAUAAUUAUUUAGAUAUACUGUCUCGAGAGAAAUUCAAUGGUUUGCAAAACCUAGAGUACCUAAAUAUGGAAUUUAAUGUCAUCCAACUCAUCCUGCCAGGGACAUUCAAUGCCAUGCCUAAACUGAGAGUCCUCAUUUUGAAUAACAAUCUUCUGAGGUCUCUUCCGGUUGAUGUCUUUGCUGGAGUAUCUCUCUCUAAGCUCAGCAUCCAUAAUAACUACUUCCUUUAUCUGCCAGUGGCAGGAGUGCUGGAUCAACUCACCUCCAUUACCCAAAUAGAUCUGCAUGACAACCCAUGGGACUGCAAAUGUCCAAUUGUCCCUUUCAAACAGUGGGUGGAGAUGCUGCGGCCCAAGGUAAUGAUGAGUGACUUAAGGUGUGAGACUCCAGAAGAGUUCUUUAAAGAGGAUUUUGAAUCCCUCUCCAAUGAGGCCAUUUGCCCUCAACUCAAAGUCAUGCCCACUUUGACUUCCACACAUAAGAACAGUACUGGCUUGGCUGAGACUGGGACUCACUCUAAUUCCUACUUGGAGACUAGUAGGGUCUCCAUCUCAGUUCUGGUGCCUGGCCUUUUGUUGGUGUUUGUCACCUCUGCCUUCACGGUGGUUGGCAUGCUUGUCUUCAUCCUGAGGAACCGGAAACGCUCCAAAAGAAGGGAUGCCAACUCUUCUGCCUCUGAAAUCAACUCUUUACAGACAGUUUGUGACUCAUCCUACUGGCACAAUGGACCCUACAAUACAGAUGGAGCGCAUAGAGUGUAUGACUGUGGCUCUCACUCCCUAUCAGACUGA